CAUAAGUUGUCAAACAUGUCAGCUGGUUUGUUCCAGCACACAAUUUCCAUGAGCGCAUCUCCUCUUUGCACGUACUGGGCGUUCCAAAGUUACGAGGAAGCAGAAGAACAAGCCUAUUCCCUUGGAUCUAAAUUUGGAGUGAAAAGCAGAGACGCGGAUGCUUUGGUGAAAAAGCUUUUAGAAGUACCCGCGGAAGAAAUAAUUCAGAAAUCCAGCGAAUUGCCCAUGAUUCCUUUCAGACCCACGUUGGAGCGAGCCGAUGUUGCACCCGAGGAGCCGAAAUUCAUAACCGUGUGUCCACCGAAAAAAUACUAUGACGGCAAUUACAAUAAGGGCCCCCACAUGAUGGGUUACACCUCCGCUGAAAUAUUGUCAAUGUCAAGUACUCUCGACGAUUUAAUUAAAUGGCACAAGGGAGCAGCGCAGUCCAUCAAACGGUACAAAAUCGCAAAAAUUUUCCCAACCACGUCGGAGAUCUUGGCCAUAAAGUUUGAGGCAAUAGCAACGUUAAAAAGAAAAGCCUUCUCCAAUCUGAUAAAGCGAUUGUCUGAUGUUUAUUUUGUGUCGGGGAUCGAUAUGACGCAGCAAUUACUAGCUAAAACGAAUGAAGCGCCAGUGUAUUAUUACCGCUACGACUUCAAAUCACCGGAAUCGGCUCACAAAUCCGAGGGAAUUACGAUACUCGAUGGCGUAGCACACGAGGACGAACUGCCAUACAUAUUUCAUCGCCCGCACUUGAAGAUGUCUUUCCGUGAUCCUGAAAUUGCCCGCAAUAGAGAUAGACUCGUUCGAAUGUGGACGAAUUUCGCGAGAUACGGGGAUCCGACUCCAUUCGGUGCCGAAGAUGGACGAUUGGAUGGGGUGACGUGGCCAGACUCGGGCAAGGAUGGAGCUCAUUUAGAAAUCAACGGCAAUCUCACAAUCGUCAAAACUCGUCGGACCAAUCCUUUGAUAACUCUGUAUCAAAAAUUAAAUUUCGGUGACUCGAAUAUUUACAAAAACUGCAAUCAAAGUGUGGUGAGCGACAUCAUUAGCGGAGUCAUGAACAUUCCUGUCGCUGUUGUAGAAAUCAUUUCUCACUUCAAAAAAUACUUUGGAUAG